AUGCAGAUCCCAUCUGUCGUACCUUGGGCUGAGUACGAAGCCCUGCGACAGCAACACGCUGAAGGAAUACAAGCUCUGAGGGAAAUGGCUGGUAUUUUGCAAAGUCUGGUCCCCCACGGGACAAUCCCAGCUGCGUUGAGAAAGUUCAUCCCGGAGAUAGUUCCAUCUCACAGGGCUCGUCAGGAGGUACCAGAGAACGACUCCUAUCGAGACGCAAGCCCUGAAACCCACGUUCAACCUGUCCAAACUCGAAACAAUCAACCAAGGUCUCCUUUAAGGGAAGAUCACAGCCAAACAUCUCCCCUUCGAGAAAAUUAUGGAGGAACUGACCGUCGAAAGACAGAAAGACGAAGCCCACAACGAGGAAGAUAUUCGGAAACAGUAGCCAGCACUCCAAUGGAAAGAGGCCGGGAGGCAAAACCCAUAACCAAGCAAAAUGAUGGGCCUGAGGAUAACCCUACUGCAUUUAGUGCACGAGAGGCCGCCGAUAUGAAAAAGAUGAUUGAGCGGGUUCUACAACAGAAUAAGUUAUUACCUACCUCUGAGGAACAAUCCAGAGGAAAGCUACCAUUCGUGGCCGAGGUAAUGGAGAAACCUUUGCCGAGGAAGUUCAAGAUGCCUCAAAUAAAUCCUUAUUCAGGAAAGGAUGACCCGUACGAUCACGUUCAAAAUUAUGAAUCUUUAAUGAUGCUUCAUGGAUGGGACGACGAGAUAAUGUGCAGGGCAUUUCCUUUAACCCUAACUGGUCAUGCUCGAGCCUGGUUUAACGGCUUACCCGAGGCAUCUAUCUCUUCAUUCGGGCAGUUAAAAACAGAAUUUAUCAAAGCAUUCAUUAUUAACAGUCAGAGAAAGAAGGACGCGACAUAUCUGCUUAGCAUUCGACAAGGGAAUAAAGAGACCCUACGGCACUACGUGGACAGAUUUCGAAAUGCCACACUUGAGAUCUGUAAUUUACCGAUUGAAAUGGCGGUGUCUGCCAUGUUCCAAGGGACACGACUAACCCCUUUGCAAGAAUCAUUAUCCCUGGACCCUCCGAAAUCUCUGGCAGACCUGUUCGUCCGGGCUAACAGGUACAUACUCCAUGCAGAAAUGAUGAAAACGAUAGGGGGAAGUGAAGACGGAGAAAGAAAUAGGAAAGAACGAGAUAUUGAAGAAGGAUCAAACCAGCGAAAAGAACGGACCAGGAGGUCGGAUACAGUGGGGCCACAAUUCCAUCAUUACACUAGGCUCAAUCAACCCCGAUCAACUAUAUUGGCGACAGUAGAGGGGUCUGGUCUCCUCCAGCUUCCGAAAAAGGCAGAUCGCCCCAUGGGGAGAAAUCAAGAAGAGUACUGCAGGUAUCACCGAACUCGGGGACACUCUACCGAUCAAUGUAGGGAACUAAAAAAUCAGAUAGAAGCACUCAUUCGUGAAGGGCACUUGCAAAGAUAUGUAAGGACUGAAGGUAGAAAUGACAGAGACCGUCAAAGAAGGGAAGAAAUGCCCGAAGGUCAAGAUAGACGAAAUUUACGGCAGAAUGAAGGGAUAAGGGAUGACAGAAUGGUGGCCCCCCCUGACAAUGAGCCGACUCAUCAAGCUAUUCAUGUUAUCUCUGGGGGCGAGACCUUAGCUGGGAGUACUUCUUCUUCUCGAAAGGCCUAUGCCCGUCAGGCCUACCAAGUCAACUCUGUGAUGGAGGUGAGAGAGGACGAGGAGCCAAUCACGUUCACCCCUGCUGAUAGAGGUGAUAUAAUACUUCCACAUGAUGAUCCAAUGGUAAUUUCUGCAGUUAUCGCCAAACACCCCAUCAGUAGAAUUUUGGUGGAUAGCGGCAGCUCUGUUAAUCUAAUCUAUUGGAAUUGUUUCGAACAAAUGAACAUAUCCCAAGACCGGUUAAGAAAAGUGUCCUCUCCCCUGUACAGCUUCACUGGAGAACCUGUCUCGGUAGCAGGAUCUGUUCAACUACCUGUCACAUUAGGCGCCGACCCUCAAAGUGUGACUCGACAGGCGAAUUUCAUGGUGGUCAAAGCCCCUUCUGCAGCAUACAACAUGAUUUUAGGCCGACCGCUCCUCAAUGAUAUGAGGGCUGUAGUGUCCUCUUGCUACUUAUUAAUGAAAUUCCCCACGCUCUCAGGAGUAGGGCAAGUUCGUGGAGAUCAGAGGAAGGCAAGAUCCUGUUACGUAUCGUCCACAAAAGGAAAAAAGGCAGAAGAAACUUUAUCUAUCGCUGAGAAAGCCAUACACAAAUCCCUGGAAGAAGAGACUGCUCGCAAGCCCCAACCAGUGGAAAAGUUAGAAGCAGUGCGAUUAAGUGACACAGAUCCCGAGAAGUUAGUGUAUGUGGGCAUGAAGCUUCCAAAACCAGUAAAAGAUGAAAUCAUGGGGUGCCUUAGAGAAAAUUUGGAUGUCUUUGCUUGGACACCGAGGGAUAUGCCAGGGAUUAGUCCCGACGUGAUAUGUCACCAUUUGAACGUGGAUCCUCAGUUCAAGCCUGUUUGA